GAGUCAUACAUUACCCAUAGACUUAUCCUCACAUCUACCACUGCAUUAGCCUUACAAUCUCCUCCACUCAAUCUCAUAAUCCAGUGCCACCCAAAAAGAUCGUACCCCUCUCUUUGUCGGGCUUCUUCACCAACACUUCACUACCCAAAAUAUCAUUUCUUGCUUUCUCCUGCUGUAGCUCCAUCUGCAUCACAACCAUGGCUACUGCAGUGACUGCUACGGUCUCCUUUCCAUCCUCCAAGUCUGCUUCUCUGUCCUCCAGAACCUCUAUUAUCUCACCAGAAAGAGUAUCCUUCAAGAAGGUUCCAUUGCAGUACAGGGAUGUUUCUGUUGGCGGAAGAGCUGUUUCAAUCAGAGCCCAGGUCACCACAGAGGCUCCUGCUAAGGUUGAGAAGGUGUCCAAGAAAAUGGAGGAAGGUGUGGUGGUGAACAAGUACAGACCAAAGGAUCCUUACGUUGGCAGAUGCCUCCUCAACACUAAGAUUACCGGCGAUGAUGCUCCAGGAGAAACCUGGCACAUGGUCUUCAGCACUGAGGGAGAGGUCCCCUACAGAGAAGGGCAAUCAAUUGGGGUGAUUGCAGAUGGUGUUGACAAGAACGGAAAGCCUAACAAGCUGAGGUUAUACUCAAUUGCCAGCAGUGCCCUUGGUGACUUUGGAGACUCCAAAACUGUUUCUCUUUGUGUGAAACGGCUUGUGUACACCAAUGACAAAGGAGAGAUUGUUAAAGGAGUCUGCUCAAAUUUCUUGUGUGACCUGAAACCGGGAGCUGAAGUAAAGAUUACAGGACCAGUUGGGAAAGAAAUGCUUAUGCCGAAAGAUCCCACUGCCACCGUCAUCAUGCUUGCAACUGGAACUGGCAUUGCUCCUUUCCGCUCAUUUUUGUGGAAAAUGUUCUUUGAGAAGCAUGAGGACUACAAGUUCAAUGGCUUGGCGUGGCUCUUCUUGGGCGUUCCCACAAGUAGCUCACUGCUUUAUAAGGAGGAAUUUGAGAAAAUGAAGGAGAAGGCCCCCGAAAAUUUUAGACUCGACUUUGCCGUGAGCAGAGAGCAAACUAAUGAGAAAGGAGAGAAGAUGUACAUUCAAACCCGAAUGGCUCAGUAUGCAGAAGAGCUAUGGCAGUUGCUUAAGAAGGAUAACACCUUUGUCUAUAUGUGUGGACUGAAGGGGAUGGAAAAGGGGAUCGAUGACAUAAUGGUGUCAUUGGCUGCUAGAGAUGGCAUUGACUGGUUGGAUUACAAAAAGCAGUUGAAGAAGGCAGAGCAAUGGAAUGUGGAAGUCUACUAAUGCUUGAUUACCUGUACAAAUUUCUCCCAUUUCACUUUAUAGUGGCAACCAUUCAAUGAUUUCCACUGCAUUCUGUAGAUAGGCAAUCGUCUUUGUAAUUUUUGUAUUGAUAUAGCCUCUACAGAAGUUUUACUUAUGUGGGGGGUCAUGGAUUAUAGUCGAGCAUUAUAGCUGAAUCCAACUUCAACCUUAUUUUCAACUUCA